AUAGCCCUAAAGAAUUUGUUUUAUUUUUGUUUAUUUUUUACAUGCAAACUGUGGCUCAUAUAGUAACAUUUACUUUAGUUUAAGUGCAGAUGUACUUGUUUAAGCAUUGAUUAAACAUAUUAAACACAGUUUUUUCCUGUGUGUUUUAGAAUUAACUGUAUUUGUUCUUAAGGAUGAGAUAAAUAUAUGUGUAAAUAUAUUCAGUCAAAAUAUGUGUCUCAAACAAAACUGAAUAACACCUAAUCUGUAAUUUAAAACUUUUUUUUAUUUAUUAAAGAUUAAACUGCCUUCAGACUUGAGUAACACCUGGUAUUUACUCAGGUAACAAUAAUUAGCAUUAAUCAAUAUUAACUGAUUAUUUACAGAAAACGUGAGGAUUUUGCUUCUGAAUGCAGGUCACAGGCAGCCCCCCACACCUGAAAAGAGCUGUGACUCCCCGCUGAGGCUCUGCGACCUUAUUGGCCGAGGAGCAGCAGACCGGGACACUGCAGUCUCAUAAAUAGGCCCCAACCUCCACCAGCCCUCAUAGACCACCCGCCACCCACCACACACAGAGCCGGCACACACUCAGACACACUCAGGACACACUCAGGAGUAAGGAGCCAGUGUCUUUGACCCGCCAGCCCGUGGAACCAUGAUCCUCGCCCCGGAGGAAGCCACCCAGUUCCCCCCCGAGGAUCUAACCCGGGUCUUUAUGGAUGUCUCGUCUCUGGAACCCGGCACUGAAUGUGGCAGCUCUGAGGAGGACUCCUCUGCUGAAAGCGAGAGCAGCUACGGGUCCGAGAGCUCGACCCCGACCUCUCCGGCCCAAAGCCCGACCUCGGGUCAGCAGAUCCGGAGCAGCUCGGUGAAACCGCCGUACUCCUACAUCGCCCUGAUCACUAUGGCCAUCCUGCAGAGCCCCAUGAAGAAGCUCACCCUCAGCGGCAUCUGCCACUUCAUCAGCGACAGGUUCCCCUACUACCGCGCCAAGUUCCCAGCCUGGCAGAACUCCAUCCGCCACAACCUGUCGCUCAACGACUGCUUCAUCAAGAUCCCCAGAGAGCCGGGCAACCCGGGCAAGGGCAACUACUGGUCCCUGGACCCGGCGUCGGAGGACAUGUUCGAUAACGGCAGCUUCCUGCGCAGACGCAAGCGCUUCAAACGCAGUCAGCCGGAAUUCUCCAGCGACGGACUCAUACUCUACCCGAACCUGAUCGGGUACCGUCCCUACGGGAGACCCUAUUGCGUACCGGGACCGGUACUAACACACGCCACCCCCCUCGGAUACCUGCCUCCCCAAGACUCCCAAGCCCUGGUUGUACCACCCACAGACAGCAUGGUCCAGCAGACGGUGCAACCGCCACCAUGUUUUCAGUUUCAGAACAGCACAGCCGGCACCAAGGCUGCAGAACUCCAGCUCAGACUCCCCGAGCAGCACAGACCCGGAACCGAAGGCCCGGUCCGGAAGUGUUCCUUUAGUAUCGAGAGCAUCAUGGCCAAAUCCGUCCCAGAGUUACACAAACCCUCCGCCCAGCACCUGCCACCCGAGUACCUCUGCCCGCGCCUGCCGCCGUCCUGCGUGCUGCCACAGUGGCUGCCGGGUGGCAGGACUCCUUUUGCCCUGAGCACCGUCCCGUUCACAGAGACCCUGCGGGUGGCCUACUCGUAACUGAGGGACUGAGGGACAGCAGGACUGAGAAACAGCAGGACUAAGGGACAGCAGGACAGCAGGACUGAGAAACAGCAGGACUAAGGGACAGCAGGAUGUUCUUUUCAGGACUUUAUAGGUGUUUUAUGGAGGCGCCAUUCUCAAGUGCAGUGUUUUUAACUGCAUUACAGUUCUAAUGUAAAUAGAUAUAUAUGUGAUGUUAAUAUAUAUAUAAAUCUAAAUAUGAGUGUAAUAUGUUUUGUAAUAAUAUUGAUUUUAAAU